GACAGAGGCAGACAUGGAUCGAUCCAGGGGCCUAGACAGCCUUCUCCUGGCUCUCACUCUUCUUCAAGGAGCAAUGGCCAAGCAGACAUCAGGUAGCUCGUUAGAAGUGGUCAAUCAGGAAGAUGGUUCAGUGGUUUUGAUUUGUCACCUGAAAGACAAUAAUAUCACCUGGUUUAAAAAUGGGCAGAGUAUCAACUCCCUGGCUGCAAAUAAGAAGUGGAACUUGGGAAGUAAUACAAAGGACCAUCGAGGGCUGUAUCACUGCCGUGGACUAAAGGACCCUUCAAACAAAGUCCAGCUGCACUAUAGAAUGUGUCAGAACUGCGUUGAGCUAAGUGCAGCUAAUGUAGUUGGCUUUAUCUUGGCCGAAGUCAUCAGCAUUCUUCUCCUCGCUCUCGGUGUCUAUGCCAUUGCCGGGCAAGAUGGAGUUCGCCAGUCACGAGCUUCCGACAAGCAGACACUGCUGUCCAAUGACCAGCUCUACCAGCCGCUCAGGGAUCGGAAAGAUGACCAGUACGGCCACCUUCAAGGAAACCAGCACAGGAAGAAAUGAGCUCAGGAUCAGGGUAUUUUUCCUUCUAGCCAUUUAAGAGAAAUAAAGCAAUGUAUCCUGGAGCUCUACUCACAGAGAGAAUUGCAGGCCUCAAUCCAGGUUCCAUGUUUCCCAACAAGUGAAGAAAAACCAGCAGAGCAAAAAUUUGGGUUUUUGGAUCACCCGGGAUGGGAGAUAUGUGCUGGAAGUAGACCAAAUAUGAUGGCCUCUUCUUUUACAGCCCAUUAAAGA